AUGGAGCCCGUGCGCUCCUGGGGCCCCGCGCAGGCGGCCGCCUGGCUCCGAGGGCUGGACGCGGCGGUGCAGGGGUACCCCUUCGAGGCCUGGGGGCUAUCGGGGCCUGACCUGCUGGGGCUGGACGCGGAGGUCCUGGAGGCACUGGGCGUGUGGCCCUUGGGACACCAGGAGCUGCUGCUGGAAGCCGUGGAGCAGCUCCGUAACCUGGACACAGGGCUGGCGAGCACCAGCUUGCGGACACUGACGGAGAGGCUGCAGGAGCUGGCGCAGGGCAUCCAGAGCCUGGUGCAGGGGGGGCUGUCAGCAGGGGAUGCCCCCCAGCCGCCUUCCCUCACCCUCCUGGCCCGAGUCAUCGACCUGGUCGGGGCUGCCAAGGAACUCUUCUCCUGGCUCAACAGGUCUGGGGCAGCUGAGGGUACCCCUGGUGCCCCCCACUCCGGGGGCUCAACUCUCUCUUCCCCCAGGUACCUCUUCUCCACCCUCAAUGACUUUUCGGCCAGCCGGGACAUCAUCCUGCUCUGUGCCCAGCUGGCAGAGAUGCUGCAGGCGGACCUUCCUGUGGCCGAGAGGAGCAGCGGGAUCCUGCAGAUUGUGAGUGCUGGGUGAGGAGGGGGUGGCAGGCCCGGGGGGCUGCCAGGGCUCCCCUCACCCCGCUGUCACCCGCAGUGCCAGCACAUCGUGGGCAUCUGUGAGAGCAUCGUGGGCUGCAGCCCCCCGGCGCUGCUGGACCGCAGGGCUGUGCUGCAGCGUGUGGGGCUGGCGCUGCCCCCCAGCCCACAGGGCAGCCCCCCGAUGUCCCCCAGCACCCCAACACAGCCCCUUGGCCUGUGGCAGAGCCCCCCAACAUCCCCUGACACGCCAACGCUGCCCCCCAGCCAAUGGAGCAGCCCCCCAGGAUCCCCUGACACCCCAACACCACCCUCUGAUCUUGGCUUUGAGAUCACCUCCACCAGCUCCUGCCUGCACUUCGUGUCUGCAACCACCUCAGAGGCUCUGGCUGCCCACAGGGGCCACGUCCUGCCCGGAGAUGAGAUCGUGCAGGUCAACGAGCAGGUCGUGGUGGGUUGGACACCCGUCAACCUGGCGAGGAAGCUGCUGGAGAAGGGGAACAGGGUGACUUUGGUGCUGAAAAAGAUCCCCCUCGACCUGCCCGGCUCACCCCCCUCUCCCAGGCAGCAGCCCCCAGGAGCAUUUUUGGAUGCUGCAGAUUCCCCUGGCACCAGGAGCAGCGAGAGCCCGGGCAGCCCCGUGUCCUUGACCUCCAGCGUUGCAGCCGACUUGGACUCGGGACCAGACUCUGCCCCGGAUCCCGUCACUGACGAGGAGCAGGAAGAGGACAAGCGGGAUCUGAGGCUGCCCGGGGCAGCUGUGGAGGAGCUGCGGGGACUGUCUGGACAGGGUGCUGCAGAGGUGUGGGACAGUGGCAGCACCCUGGGAACCCCCCUGGACACCCCCCCGAGCACCCCUGCUGCCACUGAACCCUGUGCCACAGAGCUGAGCCCCAGGGCAGCCCCCAGCACGGGGGCUGGGGGAGCAGAGCCCAGCCAGCUCCCUGGGGAGGGCAGCCCCCGCACGAGACCAAAAGGAGUGGCGACCAGGCUAAGCCGCCGCCGGGUCUCGUGCCGGGACCUGGGCCGGGUGGACUGCGAUGGGUGGCUCCUCAAGAAGAAGGACCACGUGGGCUUCAUGGCCCAGAAGUGGAAGCGGUGCUGGUUUGUGCUCAAGGGCCACACGCUCUACUGGUACAACCACCCCAACGAUGAGAGGGCUGUGGGACUCAUCAACGUGGCCACCUACAACCUGGAGAGCACGAGGGAGCAGAAGAAGAAAUAUGUGUUCCAGCUGUGCCACCAGACAUACAAGCCCUUUGUAUUUGCUGCUGAAACCUUGGCUGACCUGAGCAUGUGGGUCAGUCGCCUGGUAACAGCCAAAACAAAGUACACACUGGCCCACCAGGCAGUCCCAGACAAGGAGGAAGACUGCUACAGUGAGACAGAAGCUGAGGAUCCCGAUGAUGAGUCCCCCAGGCAUGGAUCCGACUCGCUGAGGAAGAGGUUGCAGAACACCCCAGAGAAGGCGCAGCUCUCCCCAGCCAGCAGCACAGCCAGCAGCCCCCAGGGCAGCCCCCGGCCCUGCUCCCCCAUGGAGCCCGCUGGGGAGGAUCUGGAGAGCCUGAUGCGGUGCCUGAGGCAGGGCGGGCUGUCCCUCAUGGGGCAGCAGCGCUUCCUGACGCAGGAGCAGUGCCGAAAGUCCUUCCUGCGGCGCAACAAGAACCCGCACAUCAACGAGAGGGUGCACGCCGUGCGGGCCCUGCAGAGCACGCUCAAGGCGAAGCUGGCGGAGCUGCAGGCCCUGGAGCAGCUGCUGGGAGAGGCCGCGCUCACCUCGGACACGUUCAGGCGCUGGAAGGAGGAGCACCAGGAGCUGUACCGGGAGCUGAGGGAGGGCUGGGCAGGGCAGCAAGGCCAGGGCCACGACCAGGGGGAUGCUGGAGACCAGCAGAGCCCGCAUGAAGAGGCAGCUGAGCCCUGACAUCCCGCCAGGACCUGGUGUGGGUCGGUGCCCACAAGACUUGGAGCAUGGGAGCACGGCGGGUGCUCUGUGCUGGGGGGCCUGAGCACAUUUUGGAAGGCUCAGCCCCCACAGGGGCCAUCCCACAGGGGAAGUGGCCUCUGUGGAAGUCUUAAUUUUUCCCAGCUCGCCUUGCCUUGGCUGCAGGUUGGAAAGGGGCGGAUUUUCCUGGGGAACGUGCCCCCGCUGUGGUGCUGCCAGCCGGCCCGGACACGGGCUCUUCUGCUGUAAAUAAAUGUGGUGACAGGGCCUGGUCGUGCCGUGGUUUUUUCUUGGCGCUGAAAUCGUCAAAUCAUGGAAUUGUUUAAGCUGGAAGAGACCUCCAAGAUCAUCGAGUCCAGCUGUAAAGGCGGUACUGCCGCGUUCACCACUAAGCCGCAUCCCUAAGUGCCACAUGCACAUGUUUAUGAACACUCCCAGGGAUGGUGACUCAACCACUGCCC